AUGAUGAACCAGCAGACGCUGCUGUACCACACCAAAGUCCAGGACUGGAGUCAGAUCUACCAUCUAAAGGCAGAUGGACGUGUAUGCAAGGCAUCAAAGGUGCCUUAUCUCCCACCUCAUAAACUUCAGCAAAUUGAAGUUUGGAGGAAAGAUGUAUCCAAAACUUUGAGAAAAACUUGCUCUGCCAGGCCAGACAGGUUGCAACCCAAAGUAACUAAAGAUGUCCGACCAGUUUCUGAAAUAGUACGCACAGUCACACCUCUUCAGAUUAAUGGGCAUGAGAGACCUAGGCCCAGGAGUGCCUGGUCAAACUCCACAAAUGACAUGCAAACGGUGACAAGUAACCUAGCAGAGACGUCACUACACUACGCAGCCCAGAGAGAGCAACUUCAUAAAGUAAACGCCUCCAGGAGGAAAUCAAUAAGAAUCAAUAGAAAGCAGGUAACACACGCAGGUGAUGCUGAGGCACCAACAGAGCGCAGUGUCAGGACGGAAAGAGGAUCAACACUGAACUCAACUAAGGGGAUCAUCCCUAACGGAGAGGUUAGUGUCCACAGGGAGGAGGAGGAGGAGAAGGAGGAGGACAACCUGAGUGAUGUUGAGAUAAUGAGUAGUGUUACACAAUUCAGGAUGGAGAAUAGGGGGCAUGUCAUACAGGUGAAAGACCAAGAAGUGCUGUCCAUGAGAUCUCAGUCAAAUAAUCUUCUUAACGUCUUAUCUGUGGACGACUGCAAAAUGGCUAUCAGGUCAAGACAGAGAAAUAGAAUCAUUCAAGACCAAGUACAAAAUGGAGAUACAAAUUCUGAUGAUAAACAGACUGAUAUAGACUCAAUAGGAAAAUUAACAUUGGACAAAAGUAGAACCAGUUACGGACGAAAGACUGGUGGUGACAAGGGGAAUGAAACAGCAACCAAACUUGGACGGGACACAAAAGUGCCGGCAAAAAGUCGUACAGCUAAGAUCACCAAGGCGAUAGACAAUAUGGUGCACGACAGAAAGGUAAUGAAUGAUUUAGAUCGUAACUUUGACUCCAGGAUUGGUUCUACUGCCCGUAUAACCCUCAAUCGUGCUGAAGGGGGAAAGAUUUUUAGGAGAUUAAACUCUGCCUUAAAAAAACAUGUGAAUGGCUUACUCAUGCACCAGUCAGCUAGUCAAAGAAAGUUUUAUACUCAGACAGUGUCAAGUAGCCAAUCAGAUACGCUUUUUGAUGAUGACACUCAAUACAGAAGUGGAACCUGUACUCCAUUAUCAGAGGGCAAGGAGGGAGAAUCUGCCACAUUGGGUAUCACCCCUACCCCCCAGGAUAACAGUGGGCUAGACAGCUAUCGGGGUGUCCCUCAAACUCCUGCCAUACCCGAGGAAAUGGAAGAAGACCAGGAAAGCUUUGACAACUCCAUCACAUAA